AUGGCACCGCUUUUGGCGUUGAUCGCGGGGGGUCUGGCCUUAUGUCUUGGCUACUCUUUCUCGCGAGCAGACGAUGCAGCUUCAGCAGGCAGUGCUGCUGCGGAGGUUCCCAGCACCAGCGAGGUGCUGUCUGCCCUCUCAGCCGCGCGCAGCGCGCGAGGGGAAGGCGGCAGCAGCAGCCAGGAGAUGCACGAGUACCAAGCGGAAGUCACGCGCUUGAUGGACAUAAUCAUCAAUUCUCUCUACACGCAGCGAGACGUGUUUCUGCGGGAGUUGAUCUCGAACUCCGUCGACGCCCUCGAGAAAGCUCGUUUUCUGUCGAUCUCCGGCGGCUCGGGAAGCAACGAGCAGCAGCAGCAAGAGCAGCAGCAGCAGCUGGCUAUCCACGUCGAAGCCGAUCCGCAGCAGAAAGUGCUUUCCAUCUGCGAUACAGGCGUGGGGAUGACGAAGCAGGAGCUGAUCACCAACUUGGGGACCGUUGCCAAGUCGGGCACGAGCAACUUCCUAGAAGCUCUGGCAAGCAGCAACAACGAUGUCAGUUUGAUUGGGCAGUUCGGAGUUGGCUUCUACUCCGCCUUUCUCGUCGCGGAUCGAGUAACCGUGAUUUCCAAGAACAGAGAAGACGAGCAGUACGUCUGGGAGUCGUCUGCGGAUGCCAAGUACUACGUCGAGAAAGAUCCAAGAGGCAACACGCUGCAGCGCGGCACUUGCGUCUUGCUGCACCUCAAAGAAGAUGCCACCGAGUUUCUCGACGUCUACAGACUCAGGGAGCUCAUCAGCAGGUACAGCCAGUUCAUGUCUUACCCCAUCUACCUCAAGACGACGAAGACUGUCUCCGAAGAGGUGCCUGUGGAGGAGGAAGAAGAGACUGCUGCCAAAGAAGCCUCGCAGGAAGGCCAAGACGACGCUGAGAAGGAAGGCGAUGUCGAAGUUCAUGAUGACGAAGAGGAAGAAAAAGAUGAGAAAGACAAGAAAAAGACAAAGACGGUAGAGAAGGAAGUCGAAACUUGGGAGCAGAUCAACCAGCAGAAGGCGAUUUGGCUACGUCCCAAGGAGGAUGUUACGGAAGCUGAGUACACCGACUUCUACAAGUCUCUGACGAAGGAUUGGAGUGAGCCGCUCGUGCACAUGCAUUUCAAUGCCGAGGGAGAGGCUGAGUUCAGGGCACUUCUUUUUAUUCCCAAGAGGUCUCCAGCCGACGUGUUCACUCAAUACUUUGGCAAGCAGACGAGCAUCAAGCUGUACGUACGGCGCGUGCUGGUUGCCGACGUGUUCGACGACAUGCUCCCCAAGUACCUGCACUUUGUCAGGGGUGUAAUUGACUCCGAUGAUCUCCCGCUGAACGUCUCUCGGGAGCAGCUGCAGCAGCACAAGAUCCUCGGCAUCAUCAGCAAGAAGGUCGUCAGGAAGACACUUGACACCAUCCGCAAGAUGUUUCUCGACAGCGCCAAGGCGCGGGAGGAGCAGAAGAAGGCGCUAGAGGACGCCGAUGACGAGGAGAAGAAGAAGGAACUGAAGAAGCAACUGAAGGAGCCAACACAGUUCGAUCAGUUCUACAAAGAAUUCAGCAGAAACCUCAUGCUUGGAUGCUACGAGGAUGACAGCAAUCGUUCCAAGAUCGCGAAGGUUCUCCAGUUUUUCUCCACAAAAAGCCCUACCGAGCCCAUUUCUCUCGAGCUGUACAUACAGCGCAUGAAGGAAGGUCAGAGCGCCAUCUACUACGCGGCGGGAGAAACUGUCGAGCAGCUGCUGGCUCAGCCGCAAAUGCAGAUUUUCAGAAAGAAGGAUAUCGAGGUCCUUCUCCUUAUUGAAGCCAUGGACGAGCCUUGUGUUCAGAGGCUCGGAGAUUUUGACGGCAAAAAGUUCGAGUCCGUUCAGAAGGGCAACUUGACUUUGGUGGAGACGGCGGACGAGAAGAAGCGGUAUAAGCGUCUUUCCACUUUCUUCGCGCCUCUGCUGAAGUGGCUGAAGUCUCUGUUAGGGCCUAAAGUCACGAAGGUUGAGCUGUCGAAGCGCUUGGUGGAAGCUCCUUGCGCCGUCGUUGCUUCCCAGUGGGGUUAUUCGGCACAGAUGGAAAAGGUCAUGAAGACACAGACUUUCGCCGAUCCAAUGCACAUUCGGAUGAUGCAAGGGCAGAAGAUCUUCGAGGUGAAUCCCAGCCAUAAAGUGAUGCAGCACCUUCUUAGCCGCGUGAAGGAGGUGGGGGAGAGUGGCAUGGCCGAUGCCGACAAGGCACUGGCAGAGCAGCUUUUCGGAGCAGCUAUGCUCGCGUCUGGCUUCGACGUUGAGAAGCCUGCAGAUCUCGCAGCAGUUUUGUACCAAGGACUGGCUAAGCAGGCGGGGGUAGACACCGAGAAUCCGCUCAACGAAGAUCUUGAAUUGCCGGAGGAAGAGGAAGCAGAGGACGCGAAUCAAGCGGAGAAAGACGCCGAAGAGAGCGGUCUGCCGGAUGAUAUCUUGAACGGCCUCAACUUUGGCGGAGAGUCGAUGAAGGAUGAGCUUUGA